AUGGGCUAUAAGAAGAGUAAUCUAAUUUUGAUCGUUAUCCAUUCCCGGUUUGAGUUUACGAAUGCCAACUGCACCACGGUGGAUAGGAAAUUCGGGGAGUGCGACUACAUCUUCCUGAAGUCGGCAAAUCUUGUGCUAAUGAAGAGAUUCAACGGAUAUAAGCCAUUUCUGUACAACAUUACCAUCAAUGCGUGUAAAUUCUUUGCCAAUACCAAGUCCAGCCCCGUGGUGAAAUUUUUCUAUGAAUCGGUUAUGACCUUCUCUAACAUGAACCACUCAUGUCCCUACAAUAGCCAUUCCCGGUUUGAGUUUACGAAUGCCGACUGCACCACGCUGGAUAGGAAAUUCGGAGAGUGCGACUACAUCUACCUGAAGUCGGUGAAUCGGACCUAUAAAUAUUUAUCCGCGAAAUUUAAACUUUAUCAACUUCCGAGAUUCAACGGAUAUAAGCCUUUCCUGUACAACAUUACCAUCAAUGCGUGUAAAUUCUUUGCCAAUACCAAGUCCAACCCCGUGGUGAAAUUCUUCUAUGAAUCGGUUAUGACCUUCUCUAACAUGAACCACUCAUGUCCCUACAAUCAUGACAUUAUAGUGGAUAAGCUUCCUGUUGACUUUAUCAAUUACCGACUAACAAAGGUUCUGCCCUUUCCCGAGGGCGAUUAUCUCUGUGAGGCCCAUUGGUUUCGUUCGGGAUCUCGUUUCGCUGUGGUUAGAAUAUAUGGCACCCUUUCAUGA